CGCUGCUCGCCCGUCUGCAGCCCCACGCCGAGCGCCUCGUCUCGGGGAGUUGAUGGCAGCACCACGGUGCGGCCGCCGGGCCGAGCGCACGGCGCAGCCACCCGCCGCCGUCCGCCGAGCAGCCGACAUGUGGGGGGACCGGGGUGGGAGCGGCCGGAGCAGCGCCAGGGACCCGGGCGCGCAGCAGCCUCCGCUCGCUCGCCUGUCCUGACCUGGCUCGCUCGCCCCCCCGAAGAAUGUCAGCCAAGUCCAAGGGGAACCCCUCCUCGUCCUCUGCAGCCGAGGGACCGCCGGCAGCCUCCAAAACCAAGGUGAAGGAGCAGAUCAAGAUCAUAGUGGAGGAUCUGGAGUUAGUCCUGGGCGACCUGAAGGACGUGGCCAAAGAACUUAAGGAGGUGGUUGACCAGAUUGAUACCCUGACCUCUGACCUGCAGCUGGAGGAUGAGAUGACUGACAGCUCCAAAACGGACACUCUGAACAGCAGCUCCAGCAGCACAACGGCUUCCAGCAUAGAGAAGAUCAAAGAACAGGCCAAUGCCCCGCUCAUUAAACCUCCGGCACACCCAUCCGCUAUCCUCACAGUCCUGAGAAAGCCAAACCCUCCACCGCCUCCACCAAGGUUGACACCUGUGAGGUGUGAAGAGCCUCAAAGGGUGGUGCCUACCGCCAACCCUGUAAAGACCAACGGCACUCUGCUCCGGAAUGGAGGCUUAGCGGGUAGGCCGAACAAAAUUCCAAAUGGAGACAUCUGCUGCAUACCCAGCAGUAACCUGGACAAGGCUCCAUUGCCAUCUCUGAUGCACAGACCUGAGAAGGACAGGAGUCCGCAGGCAGGGCCUCGGGAAAGAGUGCGGUUCAGUGAAAAAGUCCAAUACCAUGGCUACUGUCCUGACUGUGAGACUCGGCAUAACAUGAAGAACAGGGAGGUCCAGUUACACAGUGAGCCAGUUCAUCCGCCUGGAAAGAGCCCUCACCAAGGCCCUCCACUCCCUCCUCCUCCUCCUCAUCUCCCCUCUUUCCCGUUAGAAAAUGGGGGACUGGGCCUAAGCCACAGUACCAGCUUCCCCCCUCCCACCCCUGCACCUGUGCCUGCCCCCACUGCACCGAAACCACAAAAGACCAUCCUGAGGAAAUCCACCACCACCACAGUGUAACGUCUGCCGUUCAAGACAACUUUCUGUUUGUUUUUAGUUUUCUAUACGAUAAACGCAAAAUCAUACGUAACGAGCACUUUCUACUCAAGCAAUAAAAAGCCCAAAUAUAUUAAUCUGCAUUCAACAAAAUGGCAUAAAAACCGCCUGGUAAGUAUGCAGAGCGAUGCGUCUGUCCCGGAUGUACAUUCUUUUCCAUGUUCCAUCAUCAGAAACUUCAGAAUAACGAGAAAGUCUGAAUGCAUUUUAUUUUUAUUUUUUGCGAUUGACCUGUGAAAAACUGUGACCUUCAGAUUCCAAGUAUUUUGAUUUACUAUGCGAGAGGAUCUCAAAUAUUUUGGUUGGUUGAUAAAGUCAGGGCAGUUCAUUUCAUUCAUGCCUAACUCAUCUAUGCAUUGAUGAUGUCAUAAUCCUCCCUUUGAUCUAAUGCUUUUUAAUAAGAAUUUUAAUACUGAAGGACUAUUUUAUUAUUUUUCUAAAGAUGUUUGUCAAUAGUUUUGCAUCAUGAAAUGCUGAGAACAAUACCAAAAAGUUUAUUUUCUAUACUAUACAAUUAUGAAUCAUGUGUUCAAAUAUACGUGUAAUAAAAUAUUUUGAGCUUUGGAAA